CUCUUUGUCUAAGCCCAAACGUCACAUCUGAAAACAAGAGAGGUGAUUUCGCGUCGCCAUAUUAAAAAAAACAAAUUGCAUUUUAUGGCUAAAGUAAAGUGAAUUAAAAUAAACAAAUCAAAAUGGAAGAAACCGACGUGCCCAUGGAGUACGAUGGUGCAGACGUAGACGGUGUGGCUCAAGAGGAGUUCGAGGAGGAUGGCGGCUUCGAAAACGACAUUGAACUAGGAGACGACUUCCAACUGCGCGGACGAGGACGUACAGGGUUCAGGGGGCGCGGACAGCCCCGUGCGUGGCCAGGCCCACCCGGCCCCCCCGGCCCUCGUGGCGAAGUCCCUCCGAGGUUCCGAGGAAGAGGCUUCGGCCCCGGGGGCCCUCCUCCGUUCCGCGGCCGCGGGGGGCCGCCGCCUCCCAUGUUCGGGAGAGGCGGACCCCCUAGGAAUCCUCCUCCGGGCCCUGGCGGAUUUAAUGGACCCCCUAAUUUCAACGGACCUAACUGGGGAGGGCCGAUGGGACCUCCAGGUACGAUGGGUGGACCUCCGAACUUGAUGGGACCUGGACCUAACGGACCGCCGUUUGGACCACCUGGAAUGAUGGGCGGACCUCCUAAUAUGAACAAUGGGCCGCCAGCGAUGGUCACUCAAGGCGGUGCCACUACCAAUGGGCCUGGGCAGUUUACACCCGUUUCACAAAAUCCUACUACAGGAUUAGAUGCGAAUAGUGAAAUUUGGGUAGAAACUAAAACGGCAGAAGGCAAGUCUUAUUUUUAUAAUGCUCGUACUAGAGAAACCACUUGGACUAAGCCAGAAGGUCCUAAUGUAAAAGUAAUCUCUCAGGAUCAAGUGGAAGCAAUGGCACAAGCGGCCACUACUGGUUUAGCACAAGGGACCUCCACGGCAGCCCAGGCAGCAUUAGCACAAGCCAACGUUUCCAACAAGCCCGAAAUCGAGACUGAAGAAAACAAAACAGACACAAAGCAACCAACAGCCGCUAACCCUAUGCAACCAAACAUGCUCGCGGGGCCCCCGCCAGGUAUGCCCCCGUUCGGAGGCCCCCCAGGUCAGUUCGGAGCUCCGCCGUUCGGUUUGCCUCCGCCGGGAUUCCAAGGGACGUGGCCAGGACCCGGACAAGCGCCGGCUUGGGCUGGAGGACCGCCAGGCGCUGCUCCUUGGGGUAUGCCGCCAGGUCUUCUUACAGGUUUGACAGGAGCUAUGCCUGCUAUUGACGAAGCCGCGGUCUUGUCUAAAGUCGACCCAGAAAUUAUAGCGAAAGCUACGGAGUGGAGCGAACACAAGUCGCCCGAUGGAAGAUUUUACUAUUACAAUGCCAAAAAGGGAGAGUCCGUGUGGGAGAAGCCACACGCCCUUAAAGAUCUAGAAACUGCAAAGUUAGCAGCAGCGCAAGGAAUAUCCACGAGGCCCGGGAGCGAGGUCGUGAUCGCAAACACCGAGACAGGUAAGCCAAAUGCGGCGGCGGUACAAGUCGCCAAUGGAGAAACCGUGAAGGACAUUACUCCCAAAGACGAAGAAGACAAAAUAAAGAAGUUACAAGAAGAAAACAGAAAAAAGAAAGAUGAAGAAGAAAAGACUAAAGAGAUAAAGACUCAGGACAAAUCCAGGCCGGUUUCGAGCACACCUGUUCCUGGAACUCCAUGGUGUGUUGUGUGGACGGGAGAUGGACGGGUCUUUUUCUAUAAUCCAUCAUCCAGAACUUCCGUGUGGGAACGGCCGGAUGAACUGUUAAAACGAACCGAUGUCGAUAAGAUGGUGGCGACCCCUCCAGAUGCCGUAGGAACUCCAGCCAAACAAGAUAUAGCGGAGAGUCCAGCUAAGAAACGAGCGUCAGAGGACAGUGACAGUGAAGAGGAAACCCCAGCCAAAAAGCCUAAGAAAGAAGAGACCACCACCAGUAAGUUUGAUUUAUUCUGUCAAAAGUGGGUAUUUUUUAAUUUGACCACACGAGCAGGUGCGAAUGGUGCGACACCACAGUCGGCGAGGAAAAUCGACAUCGGAAAAGAAGCGGCAAUCGAAGCGGAAGUUCGGGCAGCGAAGGAGCGUGCUGUAGUCCCACUGGAAAGUAGGAUCAAGUCUUUUAAAGAAAUGCUGGCGGAGAAACACGUUUCCGCUUUUAGUACUUGGGAGAAGGAGUUGCACAAGAUCGUCUUCGAUUCAAGGUAUUUGUUGUUGACUUCUAAAGAACGAAAACAGGUAUUCGAAAAGUACGUGAAGGAAAGAGCAGAGGAAGAGCGGAGGGAAAAGAGGAACAAGUUGAGAGAGAAGAAGGACGCGUUUAGGAAAUUGCUGAGUGAAUCGCAUCUUCAUGGAAAAUCAUCAUUUAGCGACUUUGCCCAGAAAUACGCGAAAGACGAGCGAUUUAAAGGAGUUGAGAAGAUGCGAGAAAGGGAGAGUCUCUUCAACGAAUACUUAAUUGAAGUAAGAAAACGCGAGAAAGAAGAAAAGAACCAACGCAGAGAACAGGUGAAAAAAGACUUCUUCGCUAUGCUUCGUGAACACUCGGACAUAGAUCGCCACUCCCAUUGGGCCGACGUGAAACGCAAAGUCGAUUCAGAUGCCCGAUAUAAAGCAGUCGAUUCGUCCGGUCAACGCGAAGACUGGUUUAGAGAAUAUUGUAAAAUAUUAAAAGAAGAGAAGAAGAAAGCGAAAGAAAAGGAUCGUGAACACAAGCGCGACAAAGAAAAGCAUAAGAAGAAAGAUAAAGACAAGGACAGAGAUCGUCAUUCCAAAGAUGAAAAAGAGAAGGAUAGAGACCGUGACAAGGAAAAGUCGAAAAAAGAGGAAGAUGGAGAGGCCUCGAAUAAAGAAGUCGAAGAAACCGAACCAGAAGAGACCGACGAUGAACGAGCUCAAGAACAAAAGGAAAAGGACAGGCAGGCUAGAGCAGAGGCCAGUUUGAGAGAAAGAGAGAAGGAAGUGCAAAGAACUCUGGCGACGCAUAUGAGAGACAGAGACAAAGAAAGGGAGCAGCAUAAGCGAGAUGAAGCCAUACAGCAUUUUAAUGCGUUACUAGCGGAUUUGGUGAGAAACCCCGAACUGAGUUGGCGGGAAGUUAAACGUAUCUUGAGAAAAGAUCAUCGAUGGGACUUGGCAGAUUCUUUAUCUCGAGAAGAUAAAGAAAAAUUGUUUAACGAACACAUUGAACAUUUGUUGCGAAAGAAACGAGAGAAGUUCCGGGAAUUGUUGGAUGAAACCCCCGAAGUUACUUUAACUAGUAGCUGGAAAGAAAUCAAAAGAAUAAUCAAAGAAGAUCCUAGAUACACGAAAUUUGCUUCAAGUGAAAGGUGUGAACGUGAAUUUAAAGACUAUCUUAAAGAUAAAUUAAUUACUGCUAAAGGACAAUUUAAAGAAUUAUUGCAGGAAACUAAACUUAUUACUCAUAAAUCUUUGUCAAAUCUUAGAGAAAAUCAAGGGUUCAUGCAAGAAAUCGAAGAUAUCUUAAAGAACGAUAAAAGAUACUUGGUUCUCGAUCACAUACCGCAAGAAAGAACCCAGUUAAUUUUAAAUUAUUUAGAGGAGCUUGAUAGAAGGGGACCACCGCCACCACCAACAGCUAGUGAACCUAAUAGAAGAUCAAUAAAAUAAAUAGGGUGUUAUAUAUUUAUUACUUUAAGAACGUGAUUGACGUAUGUUGUGUACUUUAUUAAUUAAAAUAAUUCCAGUUUGUAAUCAUAGAGCUUCUGAACUGAUAAUGUUGUACAAUUUUUAUUUUAUACUGUAAUAGCAAAAUAUUAAUACACAUAUUUAAACUU